GAUAAAUAUAUUAUUUGCAGCAUUUUUGUGCAAUAAUUCGGCGUUUACAGCAGUUCAUUAGCUGUGUGUGAUAGGGUGAGAAAUCAUGGCUAAUAUUCUGAGUGGCUGGAAAUCAUCCGUGAGGCAAACUUCAAGAUUUGCACAAAUUGGCAAAAAUACCAACAUUGACCUCUCAUCCAAGCGAUUGGUUCGCAAGGCAAAAAAAGCCCAGUGGAGUGUGAAUCCGGAAAUGUGGUACGGACGCCAAGGAAUCCGCGGGUUUUCCCUGCGGAACCACCUUCUGGGUGCAUACAAGGGGGAAAUGGAGCUGGAGCCGACUCGGUGCCAGAGAAGCGGCGCCUUUCGAUCGACGCCAUCCAUUCGCACCAUGUCGACUGUCACGAGUGCGACGAGCAGCGGGAACAACGACACCACGUCCGCCAACAGUCAGCCUCGUCGGGAAAUCAGCUCGUCGUCAAGGACCCACGUCCGCGUUUCUGGUCAUGCUUCUUUGGGUUCCACGAUGGGUACCAUCAGCAACACGAGUGGGUUCCGGACGGAGGGUUGGGGAGGAAUGGACAUGACCCAGCACGGGGUUACCCCUUUCCAAUCCAGUACUGGAAGAAUUUUCAAGCGCAAAACGUCGACCAAUGCUGUGCAAAGGGCAUUGACCACCAUGGAACUCGCUCGACGUCGCGCAGUUCCUUUUGCACAUCGCUCUCAGCUGAUCCACGCCAAACGGGUCGUCAUCAAGUUGGGUUCAGCAGUUGUCACCCGUGCAGAUGGGUGCGGGAUUGCUCUGGGGCGAUUGGCUUCUAUCGUUGAACAGGUGGCGGAACUGCAGAACCAGGGCAAGGAAUGUUUGCUGGUGACCAGUGGCGCCGUUGCCUUUGGGCGCCAGCGAAUGACGCAAGAAUUGGUCAUGUCAAUGUCCAUGCGAGAAACGCUUUCCAAGGACCCAAAGAAAGGAUUUGCGAGUACUGGAAGAAUUUUCAAGCGCAAAACGUCGACCAAUGCUGUGCAAAGGGCAUUGACCACCAUGGAACUCGCUCGACGUCGCGCAGUUCCUUUUGCACAUCGCUCUCAGCUGAUCCACGCCAAACGGGUCGUCAUCAAGUUGGGUUCAGCAGUUGUCACCCGUGCAGAUGGGUGCGGGAUUGCUCUGGGGCGAUUGGCUUCUAUCGUUGAACAGGUGGCGGAACUGCAGAACCAGGGCAAGGAAUGUUUGCUGGUGACCAGUGGCGCCGUUGCCUUUGGGCGCCAGCGAAUGACGCAAGAAUUGGUCAUGUCAAUGUCCAUGCGAGAAACGCUUUCCAAGGACCCAAAGAAAGGAUUUGCGAACAUGGGAGUUUUGGAUCCACGAGCUGCUGCUUCUGUUGGACAGUCUGGUUUGAUGUCACUCUACGAAGCCAUGUUUGGUCAAUAUGGUGCCAAAGUGCUUGUCACGGUUCCGGAUUUCCAUCAUGAUGAAACUCGGAAGAACUUGUACGCGACCAUUUCGGAGCUGAUCAAUUUGAAUAUUCUGCCAAUUGUCAACACGAAUGAUGCAGUUUCUCCUCCUGCGAGCGUCAUUCCUGAAACUGCUGGUGUCAUCAGCAUCAAGGACAACGACAGCCUCGCGGCGAGAUUGGCGGUCGAGGUUGGCGCGGAUCUCCUCAUCAUCAUGUCGGACGUGAAUGGAGUCUACGACGCCCCGCCCGAAGUCGAAGGGUCCCGCCUCCUCAGCACCUUCAGCCCGCAUUGCAGCAGCAACAUCAAGUUCGGCGACAAGUCCUCAGUGGGCACCGGGGGCAUGGAUUCCAAGGUGAAAGCUGCUACUUGGGCCCUGGAACGUGGGGUUUCCGUUGUGGUCGUCAAUGGAACAGCCCCUCAGGCAAUCCAGAAUACCAUCAGUGGACGGAAAGUUGGCACAUUCUUCACUGAUGCCAAAAGCGUUGGACUUCCCGUUGAAACUCUGGCACAAAAUGGAAGCAGGAUCCUGCAGUCACUGACAUCAUUGCAAAGAUCAGAAGUGCUCAACUACUUGGGGGACUUGAUGUUGCAGCGUCAGUCAGACAUCAUGGAUGCCAACAAAGUGGACUUGGACUUGGCUGAAAAGGCUGGACUUGAUGCUCCACUUCUCAGUCGCCUGGCUGUGACCCCUGCAAAGCUACAGUCUCUUGCAUCA